AUGUCUGACUCUCAGUAUACUCUCUACUCUUACUUCCGAUCCUCCUGCUCAGCGCGUAUUCGCAUCGCUCUCAAUGCAAAAGGAAUUCCCUACGAACUAGCAUUUGUCAAUCUUCUCAAAAAUGAGCAUCUCUCCGACACUCACAAAACUCUCAACCCAUCAGCAUCAGUCCCCGUUCUCAUCUCAAACGCCUCCAAAGACAAACCCUUCCGCAUCGGCCAAUCCGUCGCGGCCCUAGAAUACCUCGAAGAAAAACACCCCUCCCAUCCUCUCCUCCCUUCCAACCCUGAAGAACGCGCAACAGUGCGUACCCUCAUCAACAUCAUCUGUGCGGACAUUCAGCCCGUUACAAACCUGCGCAUCAUGCGUCGUAUUAGAGAACUCGGUGGAAAUGCAGAAGAGUGGAAUAAGCAGCUCAUGACUGAUGGACUCGAGGCCUAUGAGGAAGUAGUCAAGGAUUCUGCGGGGAAGUGUAGCGUUGGUGAUGAGUUGACGCUGGCGGAUGCUUGUCUUUUACCUGCAAUGUGGAAUGCUGAGAGGUUUGGUGUUGAUUUGACGCUGUUUCCGACGAUUGGCAAGAUUGUGGAUGGGUUGAAGGAUCAUCCUGCUGUUGUGAAGGCGCAUUGGCAGAACCAGCCUGACACGCCUGACAAUCUCAAGGCUUGA